UCUACUGCCUCAGUUAAUUUUUAUACAUUUCCACAUCUCCCACUACUAAAGGAUUGUGUUCAGAUAUCUGCUGUUCGACCACAGCACUCACCAAAUAAGAUCAGACUUCCAAGAUUCUUUAAGGGCAGGAAAGUGUUAAAUCCCUUGUGAUGGAGAGUAAGAGCAGAGUGGGAUUACUGUUCACUACUCUGAUUUGCCAUUCUGCUGGACCGUGAAGAGAUUAGAAGGACCAAGGACUUGGGCUAAACCAUCUGUACAUCUAGAAGGGGAGUCUGGAGGAUGUACAGAUGUUGAGUCAAAGUCUAUGCCAUCCGUGUUCCCAGAAGAUUGUUUUCUGACCCUCUGCUCCCCCCCUUACUUAAGCAGGUCAGCUUUCACAUAUCACUGGGAGUCAGUAAAUACUAUGGAUAAAAGCAAAGAAGCCUGUUGGGCACUGGGAUAUUUUCUUGAAAAACACAACAGAGUGUCCAACCAUGGCUCUGGGCUGCUGUGUGCUGAAGAAUGCAGCUGUCUCUAACCUGGAUGCAGAGAGUAAACUGAGUGUGUACUACCGAGCACCUUGGCAUCAGCAAAGAAAUAUUUUCCUCCCCUCAACCAGACCGCCCUGUGUGGAGGAGCUGCAUCACCACGCCAAACAGAACCUGCGAGCCUUGCGUAGAGAACAACGAAACCGAGGUGAUAACAGAGAGCAGAAAGUUCCAGGGCUCAUCUCUGUGGUGGCUCCCCCAUUUCCUCCCUUCCCAGCAAUCUACAGUCAAAAGAGGAAAGAGAUAAAGGACCGGCACUUGCUAAGAUUUAACAGCACCCGCUCGCCCUCUCCCACUGAGUGUUGCCACAUGACCCCAUGGAGUAGAAAGUCCCAUCCACCAGAAGAGGAAGAUACAGAUGUCAUGCUAGGGCAGAGGCCGAAAAAUCCAAUACAUAAUAUUCCUUCUACACUGGAUAAGCAAACCAAUUGGAGCAAAGCAUUACCUCUCCCAACUCCAGAGGAGAAAAUGAAACAAGAUGCCCAAGUGAUUUCCUCUUGCAUUAUCCCCAUCAAUGUCACUGGAGUUGGUUUUGACAGAGAGGCUAGUAUACGCUGCUCUCUUGUUCAUUCACAAUCUGUACUACAGCGAAGACGAAAGUUGAGAAGGAGGAAAACCAUCUCUGGCAUCCCCAGAAGAGUGCAACAAGAAAUAGAUUCUGAUGAAUCACCAGUAGCGAGAGAACGGAAUGUGAUUGUGCAUGCAAAUCCAGACUUCUCCAGUACAAUCAACAGGAGAUCAGGUACCAGGGACUCUGAGUGCCAGACUGAAGAAAUUCUUAUUGCUGCUCCAUCCAGAAGAAGAAUCCGAGCUCAGAGAGGUCAAAGCGUUGUAGCCUCCCUGUCGCAUUCAGCCGGCAACAUUUUGGUGUUGACAGACAAUGGUGACACAAUGUUCACUACAGGAGUGAGCAACCGUAUCCGAUCACGGAGUCUUCCUCGUGAAGGUGCUAGAGCCAGUGAAGCUGAUCAAGAUGCUGGUGCCAAAACUUCAGUGUAUGAAGCAGAACACUUUUUAGCAAGUCAAGAAAGAAUUACAAAAAAGGGUAAUGAUGGCAUCAAUAACCAGGGUACACAAGAACACCAGCCUAUAGGUUUAACUUGUUCUCAGCACCUCCAUAGCCCAGAACAUAAUAUAAAUGAGAGAGGGAGGUCAAGGUUGUCAAGAAUGGCAGAUUCUGGAAGCUGUGAGAUUUCAUCAAACUCUGACACCUUUGGGAGCCCCAUUCACUCUAUCUCCACAGCAGGAGUCCUUCUCAGCAGUCACAUGGACCAGAAAGAUGACCAUCAGUCCUCCAGUGGGAACUGGAGUGGAAGUAGCUCAACAUGUCCCUCACAGACAUCAGAAACUAUUCCUCCUGCUGCCUCUCCUCCACUGACUGGAUCUUCACAUUGUGACUCAGAAUUGUCACUGAACACUGCUCCUAAUGCCAAUGAAGAUUCUAGUGUCUUUAUAACAGAGCAGUACAGUGAUCACAUAGAUAAGGUUCGAGGUCACAGGGCAAGCUCCUUUACUUCCACUGUAGCGGAUUUACUUGAUGACCCCAAUAACAGCAACACAAGCGACAGUGAAUGGAAUUAUCUGCAUCAUCAUCAUGAUGCUUCCUGUCGUCAGGAUUUCAGCCCUGAACGCCCAAAGGAUGACAGCCUAGGCUGCCCAAGUUUUACGAGUAUGGCCACUUAUGAUAGCUUUCUAGAAAAAACCCCAUCUGACAAAGCAGACACUAGCUCACACUUCUCUGUGGACACGGAAGGAUAUUAUACCUCCAUGCACUUUGACUGUGGUCUCAAAGGUAAUAAAAGUUAUAUUUGUAACUAUGCAGCUGCAGGUUCUGAGAGUGGCCGGAAUGCAGAUAUUGCUUCCAGUCUCACUGAUUGUGCCUGGCAGGAUUAUGUAAACCACAGGAAGCAGGGAAGACAGAGCAUCUCUCUUAAGAAACCAAAGGCAAAGCCAGCCCCACCAAAACGCAGUUCAUCUUUAAGGAAGUCUGAUGGCAGCACAGAUCUUCCUGAGAAGAAAGAACCAAAGAUAAACAGUGGGCAGCACAUGCCUCACACUUCCAGGGAAAUGAAGCUGCCACUCGAGUUUUCAAAUACACCUUCCAGAGUGGAAAACUCUAAUCUGCCAAGCAAACAGGAACUCUCCUGGAUUAAUCAGAAUGACAGUGGACUAAAGAACAUUCCGUUUGACACCACGGAUAUUCCAUCAUUUAAAGAUGAAGGUGCUGAACAAUCUCACUAUGCAGAUCUCUGGCUUCUAAAUGACUUGAAAUCUAAUGAUCCUUAUAGGUCUUUAUCCAAUUCAAGCACUGCUACGGGUACUACAGUCAUAGAAUGCAUAAAGUCACCAGAAAGUUCUGAAUCACAAACAUCGCAGUCCGGAUCAAGAGCCACCACUCCGUCUCUCCCUUCUGUUGAUAAUGAGUUUAAGCUGGCUUCCCCAGAAAAGUUGGCUGGUUUAGCAUCACCCUCUAGCGGUUACUCCAGCCAGUCUGAAACACCAACAUCCUCUUUCCCAACUGCUUUCUUCUCUGGGCCUUUAUCUCCAGGGGGUAGUAAAAGAAAGCCAAAAGUACCAGAAAGGAAGUCCUCAUUACAACAGCCUUCUUCUAAAGAUGGCACCGUAUCUCUAAACAAAGACCUAGAACUUCCAAUUAUACCUCCUACUCAUCUUGACCUAAGUGCUCUUCAUAAUGUCUUGAAUAAACCAUUUGCUCACAGAAACCAGUUGCAUGCUUUUAAUUACAAUAAACAGAACGUGAUAGGAGAAGCACUAAACCCUAAUCCUCCACCAGGCCUUGCUAUUACACCUUCAGUUCUUAAAUCAGUUCACCUUAAAUCAAUUAAUAAGCCCGAAGAAGUGAAACAAAAAGACAAUAAUACAGACUUUCUCUGCAUACAAGAAACCUCAUUAAUGGUGACUGCCAUUUCUCCAGACAACAUGAGGCCGCUUGUAGCUAAGAAAUCAAUAUCACGUCAGUACUCUACAGAAGAUGCCAUAAUGUCCUAUAUUGACUUUUCUCCAAUGGAGUCGGGCCCUGCUAAACUGCAUUCAGAGAAAAGUUCAUCCAGUAGUUUACAGAAUAAUUGUGAUCAAGAAACUGUAAUCUCAGCAAAUGUGGAUAUUUUAGAAGCAAACACCGUGAAAGACCAAAUGUACCCAGUUGGUGAGCCUGUAUCAGAGAACACACAAACCUGUAGCACAUCUGCAGAAGAGUUUACAGAAGGUUUUGUUGCCCCCACAAGUGAUUAUGAAAUUAAGAUAACGUAUCAUGAAACAGAAUGGGAAAAGAGCUUUGAUCCUGGGCAGAUUAAGGACGAAUUACCUGCAAUCUAUGAACAAAAGUUAGAAUCUAAACCUGUGGAUGAAAACACAUUCCAAUCUGAUCCACCAGCUGGAGGAGCAGACAUUAGUAAUCAGCCUAAGCAUCACUUUAAUAUAAGCCACCAUAAUGACAAAGUGCCUGGGAAUAUCAGAUAUGAAUCAGAGAUAUCAACAGUAAAUUCACUUAAUGAAAAAAGUUCUGAGCAGGAAAAUGAUGUUGCAUCAGGUAUUCCAACCAAAAGUGCCUCUGAUGACAGCAGGGCAGGGGAGACAAAGGGGAGUGAAGAUGAUGCUUUACUGAAAGAAUCUUCUCCAAGUGAUGAUUCCAUAAUUUCACCAUUAAGUGAAGAUUCUCAGACUGAAGCAGAAGAUGCUUUUGUGUCUCCAAACAAACCUCGCACUACAGAGGAUCUAUUUGCAGUCAUUCACAGAUCAAAAAGGAAAGUACUUGGGAGAAAAGAUUCGGGGGAGCUUUCUGUAAGAAAUAGAUUGAGAGCUUCAUCUGUGGCUAGCAGUACAGCACCGGCUAGCAGCAUGGCACCUUCAAGCAGCACAGCACCUGCCAGCAGCGUGCCACCCGCCAGCAAUACAGGAGCCCCAACAAGCAGUCAGAGGUCUCCAGGUCUUAUUUACAGGAGUGCCAAAAAGUCCAACACAUCUAACGAGGAAUUUAAGCUACUGCUCCUUAAAAAGGGCAGUCGAUCAGAUUCUAGCUAUAGGAUGUCAGCCACUGAGAUACUAAAGAGCCCUAUUUUGCCCAAAUCUUCCAAUGAGCUAAUUGUGGAUUCACCUCAAAACACUGAUGAGACUUCCCAGGCAUCAACUACUCCUGAAGCAUUAUCCCCCUUGUCUCCUUGCUCCCCUAGAGUUAAUGCAGAUGGUUUUUCCUCCAAGAGUUUUUCUACAUCUGCAUCUUCAAGGGUAGGGCGCUCCCGGGCACCUCCUGCAGCCAGCAGUAGCCGUUACAGUGUACGCUGUAGGCUGUACAAUACACCAAUGCAAGCUAUCUCAGAAGGAGAAACUGAAAAUUCAGAUGGCAGCCCUCAUGACGAUCGGUCUUCUCAGAGUUCAACAUAAGCUGCCUAAGCUCGAGAGCCCCACUGUUGACUGUGAAACUUGUAAACUCUGAAAUUGCUGGGGUUUUAAAAGGAUGUGACUAUAACAGGCCAACUCUGUAGCAGUCAAAACAAUUGCAGGGCAAUAGAAAUGCUUACAAGUGUUUGUGUUUAUAAAAUGCUGGGAAAACAAAUGUAGAGCUGUAGCUAACUAUUACAUUUUCUAAAAAGUAGAAAUAUAUGCUAUGACUCUUCUGUUUACCUUUAGCUUCAUUUAAUGUUCUCUCAUUUAUGUUGUCCCUAUCGAUUUCAAAAUCAUCUAAUUUUCUCAGAAUUAAAAAGUAACUUUUUUAAGUUGCCCAUUUAGAAACAAAACCUCUCACUGUAGUGCUUCUCUAGGGAAAACAUGAACUUGUGCUUAAGGAUUGGUAUUUUUCUACGCUAAAAUGAACGGAAACAAAAUUUAGAAAAAAUUAACAAAACACAUGUAAAUACCAUAUUUUUGAUAAAAAUCUGUAAAUAGGAUUAUCAGAAAAAGUGGACACGUAACAAAUAAUUUACUGCAUUACAACUUUGUUUAUAGAAGGCAAAAGUAGUAAAAUGUACUAACUGUAUUCUGUGAAUACCAUUUUCAUAUCAAACAUCAUAUUUACAUGUCCACCAAUACCACUUUCAGUGUGAUCAAAAAGCCUCACAUCUGAAUUCUAACUGUAUGAAAAAACUCAAUGAUAAUUAAUGAAAUAUUAAGGCUAAUUAAGAGCCAAUUAAUUUUAAAAUAACCAUUUGUCUUUCGAAAUUUAGCUCAAAACAAAUAAAUUGUAAAGUGCAGCUGUGAGUUGCAAUGUGGUAAUUGGUAGGGAUGGAAAGCAUGCUUUUAACAGACCAAAAUCAUUUCUAAUGCAAAGCCCCAAGCAGUCACAUUUGACAGCAUCUCUUAGCCCUUUAUUCUGACAUGGAUUGCAUUAGAGAGAAUAGAUAUGAGGAAAUAGUACUUAUUUUCAUAUUCUUAUUAGGCUAUUGGGAUACAUAAGUCAUAACCUGAGAACUAUAAUCUUUAAACAUGAUUAGUUUCUGAUUCUUAAAAGAAACAAAUAAAUUAUAAGCAUGCAACAAGCACCGCUGAUUUAUCAGUAAAUAUUUGCAAUGAGUUUUCAGUGAAGCUUUCUCUUUGUGCUGAUGAGAUUCAUGCUACCUAAAUAUUUACAGAAAUGACACUGUGAAAAACUGGGAAAUAAAUGUGUAUACGCAUUAUUUAUAUUCAUUGUUAAAUAGGGAAUGCUCUGGUUCAUUAUGCCAGCCACAUACAGCUUAGUUUUGUCUGGGUGUAUCAGAAAUGAUUAACAGGGUGGGGGGAAUGUGAUGGGUUGCGGGAAAGGAGAUGAAUCAGAGUAAAUGCUUUGAUAAAAAUGAAGGCAGGGAAACAAAAGCUGAAUUACUUGAAGUUACUUGAAUUUUCUUGUCUUAAAACUGAAAGAAAUUGUAGCUGUGAGCUCAAACCACAAGUUGUUUUAUACCUUUAAUUUAAACAAAAUAAAAUCAAUGUUUAAAAUGAUAGGCCUGAUUCCCUUUUGUUACACCAGUUUUACAUCAGUGUAGCAUGGCUUAAGCCAAGUAGAGAAUCAGGCCCUAUUUGUCCAAAAUUUAAGCAACUGGUAUUGCUUACACUAGAAUAUGCUUCUGAACAUGGUACGGUUUAAUGCAGAGUACAGCUUUUAGGAAGGAAUGUGAUUUGCAGUAGGACACAGUGAGUAGGAUGACAGAAAGAAUGGAGUUUGGUACUAAAUAAAUCAAUCAAAAGCUGGCUUCAAGCAUAAGUAAACAAUGUUAGGGAAGUGGAAUAUGUGAAACUAGUUUCAUUGGCUUAGGUUUACUUAUACAAGUUGGACCUCUCUGGUCCAGCUCCCCCAGACCUGAGGGCUCCUGAACCACAGAGUAUACCCAACCAGGAGAGGUCAGUGUUCCCCUGCUGGCUGCCCUAAUCUCAGGCUCCUUUCCUUGGAGCUCCCAAGGCUGGGCUCCCACCCCACUGCCCACAGGCUGCUGCCAGAGUUCCCCAGAAUUCUGGCUGGGACCGCCUGACUGCUACUGGCCCCACUGCCACUGAGGAUUCCCUGGACUCCACAGCCAAGGCUCCCCCACCACCACCUAGCCCCGCUCCCACCGGAGGUUCCCUUGCUGGACCAUCCAGCCACCCCAGCCCUGCUGUUACUGGAGAUUCCCUAGAUUCCCUGGCCGGGGCUCCUGGGCCACCUGGCCCCGCUGCCACUGGGGCCACCCACCUACCAGUCCUGCUUCUGCCAGGGGUUCCCUGGGGUUCCGUGGCCUGGGAGCACCUGGCCGCCACCUGGCCCUGCUGCCGCUGGGGGUUCCCUAGCCUGGCUGGAGCUCUGCUGCCUGGCCCAGCCACUGCGCGUUCUCACAGCUAGCUCCUGACCUGCAGAUCUCCUUGGUCCAGCAACUUCUGUGGCUCUGCCAGACCACAGCUGUUGCCAGACAAGAGGAUUUGGGAGGCUCAUCCUGUACAAUGCAUCAGGCAGAGGUUUUUUUUUUUAAUAAGGUAAAUCGUGUUUUAAAUAGAAAAGUUCUAUUUAAAAUUGGAAUGAUUGAAUAAACUAGAAUGACAACAAAAAUAGAAUGUUAUUUCCCACUAGAACAUGUCCUAUUUUAUUUAGUGUACACCACAAAAAAUAUAAUUCAGAGUUUCUUACCACCCUUCUAUGCAGUGAGAUAGCAUACAGUACGUGGGUUAUGGUCAGUGUGUGCAUGUGGGUAUGUGUGUUGCGGAGGCGAGAAUUAAAUGAGCAAAAUGGUUUAAAACAUUAGGAAAACCUGGAGGUGUUUAAUGAAAUAAGUAGGUUAAGGUUUUGGAAAUAAGCCUCAUUGCUUGUGUUAACAGACUAGUUAUGAAAACCCGAGUGUAAAGCAGAUGAAAUGUAUGAAUUAGUAGGUUUUUAACCAGGACAUGUUCAACAUCUCAAAAUACUUUCUUUGAAAAACAUGAUUAAAUGAAGUCGAUGAAUCAAACAGAACAAUCUUAUUCAGUCAUCUUAGGUCAUUUACCUUAAAAUAUAUAUUAGCAGCCCUUUUAUAAUAUCCUUAGAGAUGAUAUAUGUGCUUUAAAAAGUCAUUCUAAAAUUUAUAUGGAAAACAGCUGAGUUGACUUUAAUAAGUUGAUAUCACUUAUUAACAAACUAAGCAUUUAAUUUAAUAGUGAUAUCAUAUAUAUAUAGAUAUAGAAUAAAGAUAAAUUAUGAGGCAGUAAUAUACCCUCUGUAUGUAAUGCUCACAGAACUAUCACAUCAAAUAUAGUUUUACUUAUUUUGUUUAAUCUAAAAUCUAUGACAGAGUUUUUCUAUUUUCUAUUUAACAGAUUUAAACCCAAAUGAAGCUGGAUUGUAAAUCCACUACGAGAAAAAUAAUUCACAAUCACAAGUGUGGGAGCAGAAAAAAAAUGAAAAGUAACUCCUUUAGUGGGGUAUAUCUCUUAAAUACUCAAGACAAGCUUUAGAACAAAAAUAACAUAUCUUCUAACAGGGUACAAUGCUACACUAGGUGUGAACUAUCAUUCCAAUCUAUAGUUCUGUUUGCACUGAUGUUAUGGAAAUGGUUUUGGGGAAUUAUGCAGCUGUUUGUGUCUGAACAAUAACUAUUUUUUCUUUUUUUGUUUUGUGGAAGCAUAGAGGACAUGGAAUAGUUGUAGCAAAGAAAGCAAAUGUUUGCUUUUGCCAAAGGUCAGUGAUUGAGUGCAUUUGCUGCAAUGGUGGCAGAUUUAGAGAAAUACUGUAGGUUAUGACUUAAAAACUUAAAAAAAUUAAGAAGGUUACAGUGUAACUAUUUUGGUACUAGCACCAGUUCAUGCUGGCAGAAAAGACAAUGGUUUAUGGACUUGCAUCCAUUUUGUAUUUUUGUAAUAUUUGUAAAUAUGAACUUUUUAAAUUGUUGCAAAGAUGGUUUCUUUUGUAAAAAUGUUUUCAAAGUUUACAUUAAAUCCAAGCCUUUGUAUAUUUUAGAGCUGUGCAACACUUUAAGUCUUGUAUUUAUUUUUAGUAAAAUCAGUGAGUUUCAUUGUGAACCCCUCUCAAAAAUGUGCCCAAAAAGUUUGAUUACCUAGAAAGUGUGUAUAGAAACUGCAAAUAAACGUGACUGCAAUUAAA